CAUGCGAGAAAAGAUUAUACUGAAGGAAGUAAUGUUCGUCGUAAGGUUGAGUCUGUUUCCAGUUUGGGGUUGGCCGGUCUCAAAAGAUGCAAAAUUUAAGAUAUUCUGUGUGAAGAUGUAUCAAACUUUAUGCAUUAUUAUAUCAAUGUGUCAUGAAAUACCAUUAAUAUAUGGUGCCUUAAAUAAUCUAAACAAACCUAUCAUUUUAGUACAACAAUUGCUUCUGGCAAGCGGUUGUAUACACGUCAUUUUUGACUUUAUCUUUUAUAGACUUAACUAUCAUCAUUUACAGGAUGUUACUUUUAAAAUGACAGAUUACUUCGAUCUGAAACUAAAAUCGACUGAAGAAGUUAUUAUUAAAAAAUAUAUCGACAAAUGUCUUAUUUUUUAUGGUUUUUGUAUGUUUAUGUUCUAUUUGAUUACAAUUGUAUCACUUGUGGCACCUUCCGUACUAGAGCAGGAUUUUCCAACAUUAGCAGAGUAUCCGUUUAACGUGUCUAAUCAACCGUUGAAGAUGAUCAUUUAUGUGCAUCAAUGUAUCUCCGGACUAAUAACAGCGGGACAAUUAUGCACAAAUAAUUACAUGGCUCUUCUACUGUGGUUUACAUCGGCAAGAUUUGAAAUGUUGACCGAAGAGCUAAGAAGUAGCACAGAUAUUCAUCAGUUAUUCAAAUGUAUUAAAACACAUCAAGAAUUACUCAAGUAUGCAGCAAAAGUAGCACUUAUUGUCCGACCUUUCGCAUUCACAACAAUAUGCUGUAGCACAUUUUGUAUAAUAAUAGUCUUGCUUUUACUUAUUACUCGUCAUCCUGUAGUGCAACUAAUUCAGUUUUUCGGAUUAGUAUUAAUAUGUUUGUCUGAAGUAUUUAUGUUUACUUGGCCGGCUGAAUAUUUGAUGUACAAGAGCAAUGCUACUGCACAAGCUGCAUUCGAUGCAUUUCAAUGUAAUCAAUCAAUUAAAAUGUGGAAUUGUCUACAAAUUAUUGUAAUGAGAAGUCAAAAACCAAUUAGGAUUAGAAUAGCUUGUCUUAUGCCGACAUUAUGUUUCAAUUAUUUUACCACGCAAUUGUCAUAUACUUAUAGAGGUCUUAUUGUCCCUGUGUUAACUCCUUUCAAUAAUGAUGGCUCGCUCAAUUUAGAUAUUAUACCACAAUAUGCAACAUAUUUAGCAAAUAAAGGAAUCAAAGGUAUACUUGUUAAUGGCACAAGUGGUGAAGGAAUGUCAAUGUCUAUUGCUGAAAGAAAACUUAUUACUGAAGCUUGGGUAAAGGCAGUUCUUUUGAAAGAAACAAAGCAACACUUGAUGAUUCAAGUAGGAGGCGCUUCUCUUCCCGAUGUUAUCGAACUUGCGAAACAUGCAGCUAGUCUGCGCGUGGAUUCUAUAUUGUGCUUACCAGAGUUGUAUUUCAAACCUACUACUCCUGAACAAUUAAUUGAAUACUUGCAAAUAAUUGGCAAUGCAGCGCCAAAAACACCAUUAUUAUAUUACCAUAUUCCUAUGUUCACUAAUGUUAACAUACACAUGGGUCAAUUUCUUGAAUCGAUUGGUGAUAAAAUACCCUCAUUUGUGGGUAUAAAAUUCACUAGUGCCAAUUUAGAAGAAGGAGCACAAGCGCUACGUGCCAAUAAUAGAAAAUAUACUAUUUUUCUUGGAAAUGAUCAGUUAAUAAACGCGGCGUCUGCAUUAGGAAUAGAUUCCUUCAUAUUAACCAGCAUAAACAUGUUUCCGGAACUUAUAUUAGAUCUUCUUACUGCUUGCAAAAAUGGAGAUACAUUAAGAGCUAGGGAUAUGCAAGAAAAGCUUUCAAACAUCGUAGUUAUUAUUACGAAACAUGGUAAUUGGGUGCAAACUAUGAAGAAAGCAAUGGUUCUUCUUACUGACAUUGAUGCAGGACUACCUCGUGCACCACUUAAAUCGAUUUCUUCCGAAGCUAUAACAAUUAUGACGAGAGAUUUAACAAAUUUGGGAUAUCAGCCAAAAAUUAAACAUUACUAGGAAUAUUUUCUUUUUCUAAACUUAUUAUCUUAUCUCAGAUAUUUUAAUAAAUUAUCUAAU